GCCCCGUGUGAUUGCUGACCUUGUCCACGUGCGCACCGGAGUGCGGGAGUUAAACACUGAGAGCUUGACCAGACGUGAAUCCACUAAACGUUACGGGGACAAUGACAGGGAAUCUCUGGGGAUAUGGAGAACAGGACGGUCCUUCUGUAUGGCACAAAAAUUACCCUGUUGCCGAGGGGGCCCGGCAGUCUCCCAUUGACAUCGUCCCUCAUCAGGCUUCACAUGACCCCAGUCUGGGUCCGAUUGUCCUGAACUACGAUAAGUGUACCUCCAUCAAAAUUGCCAACAAUGGACACUCUGUUGUUGUGGAGUUUGAGGACUCUGAUGACCGUUCAGUGAUCCAGGGAGGCCCGCUUGGCAACCCUUACAGGCUGAAACAGUUUCACUUCCACUGGGGCGGAAAGGACUGCCAUGGGUCUGAGCACACUGUUGCAGGGAAAAGCUAUGCAUCUGAGCUUCAUUUAGUACACUGGAAUGCUGUCAAGUACAAGACGUUUGAGGAGGCGGCAACAGCUCCUGACGGCCUCGCUGUCCUCGGCAUCUUUUUAGAAACAGGUGACAACCACAGAUGGCUCCACACAAUAACAGACGUUCUGUACACGGUCAAGUUUAAGGGCAGUGUCACAGAUUUCAAAGGUUUCAACCCCAAGUGCCUUCUGCCCAGCAGCCUCCACUACUGGACCUACCUGGGAUCACUGACCACACCCCCCCUGUACGAGAGCGUCACCUGGAUCGUCGUGAAGGAUCCAAUCAUAGUGUCUGAAAAACAGCUGGGCAAGUUUAGAAUGCUUGUGUUCACUGGAGAGGAAGAGGAUCAGAGGACACGCAUGGAAAACAACUUCAGGCCUCCCCAGCCUCUCAAAGGCAGGAAAGUGCGUUCCUCCAAUUAAUGUGACCCCAAGACAUCUAAAGAUUGUCAAGAUAAAGGCUCUUUCAGAUCACAA